AUGAGAAUGCUUCUGCAUUUGAGUUUGCUGGCUCUUGGAGCUGUCUACAUUUGUGUCAUUGCUGUAGAAAGUCCCAUGAAUAGACUGGUGGCAGAGACCUUGACACUGCUCUCCACUCAUCAAACUCUGCUGAUAGGUGACGGGAAUUUGAUGAUUCCUACUCCCGAACAUACAAAUCACGAGCUAUGCAUUAAAGAAGUCUUUCAGGGAAUAGACACACUGAAGAAUCAAACUGCACAAGGGGAUGCUGUGGAAAAACUAUUCCAAAACUUGUUUUUAAUAAAAGAAUACAUAAUAGACCUCCAAAGAAAGAAGUGUGGAGGAGAAAGAUGGAGAGUAAAACAAUUCCUAGACUACCUGCAAACUUUUCUUAAGGUGAUAAACACCGAGUGGACAACGGAAAGUUGAGACCAACCUGUCUCACUGUAGCGAAAGAUUCUGGAGGAGAAGAAGGAUGUUUUACUGCAACAAGGAUGAGGGCCAGCCAAGGGUGGGGCCUUAAUAUUCAGUGUAAUGAAACUUCAGAGGCAAAGUAAAUAUUUCAGGCAUACUGCUACCUCACACAGGCAGAAAGUAUAAAAACAAAAUAUUUGAGCUGUAUUUCAGAUAUCAGAAUCAUUGAAGUAUUUUCCAUCAGUUUGCUCUAAGCAAAAUAGAUAUAUACUUUUAUCUAUCUUAUUUAACAUAACAUUCUGUAAAAUGUCUGUUAACUUAAUAUUAUUUAUGAAAUAAUUGAGAACUUGGAAAAUUAAUAUUUAUUUCACCUUAGGCUAUGUUCCAAUAAAACAAAAAUAGACAACUCUG